AGCCCUCAAACUAACAGUUUGAAGAAAGGUUUGGCGACGGUGGUGCUUAUGGAGAGAGACGGCUGGGGCUUGGAGUAGCACCACUGAAGUGCACCAGUCGUUCCUUUCAAUUUCCCAAUUAUUUCCCGUGGCUCUGGUGAAUAACAACUAUAGCAUGCAAUGACUUUGCACUCGUGGAUACAUCAUCCGCUUUAGAUUAAUUGCUUGGUUUAUUAUUUUUUUCGUUUUAGGUGAACGGCGAGAAUACUUGAGGUACAAUCGAGAGUGAGUGGUUUUGACAAUAUGUGUUGCUGCAAUAUGGUAUGCAACCUAAAGGCUUAUGGAAUAUAGCCAGAUUUCCCACAAUCUGUAUGCGUUCUCAUUCAGCCCGGUUAAAAAUAAAUUAUUUCUGCUCGGCAUCAUGUUUUUACUCUGGGUAUAUAUGCUCUACUCCUGCGUGGGCUACUGCGCCCCCAUGCCAAGUUUGGUCGUGGACAAUAACCGGGGAAAGGAGACUGGGAUGGGGUCCGUGGUCGGUAAAAGGACCGAGAAUAACGGCAGAGCGGACCUCAUGUCCAGACUACUCCCUAUCCCACCCUGGGUGGAUAUAGAAUCCGAUUAUGACGAACCAUCCGUCCGGACCUCCUCCAGAGACCUGCUCAAUAAAGAGAUAGACGCGUACAGAGGAGUUGAGGACUGGGGUGAGAUGAGGGGUGAGGGGCAGAGAGCUCCUGAACCCGGUGCGAUGUCAAGUUUCUCCAACGACUUGGGGAGCAAGAAACUGCCGCAGGCGAUCAUCAUCGGGGUAAAGAAAGGAGGGACGCGCGCGCUGCUCGAGUUCCUCCGCGUGCAUCCAGACAUCAGAGCUGUGGGAGCCGAGCCGCACUUCUUCGACCGCAACUACGAGAACGGACUGGAGUGGUACAGGGAGCUGAUGCCCAAGACCCUGGAGGGCCAAAUCACCAUGGAGAAGACCCCCAGCUACUUUGUGACUAGAGAAGCCCCGGCCCGGAUCUCCGCCAUGUCCCGGGACACCAAGCUGAUCGUGGUGGUGAGGGACCCCAUUACCAGGGCUAUCUCUGACUACACACAGACACUGUCCAAGAACCCAGACAUUCCCACCUUCGAGAGCCUGGCCUUCAAAAACAGGACUACGGGGCUCAUCGACACGUCCUGGAGCGCCAUCCAGAUCGGCAUCUAUGCCAAGCACCUGGACAACUGGCUACAGUACUUCCCCAUGGGCCAGAUUCUGUUCGUGAGCGGGGAGCGUCUGAUCAGCGACCCGGCCGGAGAGCUGGGCAGGGUGCAGGACUUCCUGGGACUCAAGAGGAUCAUCACAGACAAACACUUCUACUUCAACCAGACCAAGGGCUUCCCCUGCCUCAAGAAGGCUGAGGGCAGCAGCAAGCCCCACUGCCUGGGCAAAACCAAAGGGCGGACCCACCCCAACAUCCACCCAGAGGUGGUGCAGAGGCUACGGGACUUCUACAGGCCUUUCAACAUGAAGUUCUACCAGAUGACGGGACAUAACUUUGGUUGGGAUUGAUGGAUGUGAAUUUGGGAGAACACAUUGUUUCUUUUCUUUUCUGUAAUUCAAUGAAUGGCAAAUAAGACAUGGGAGAUGUUGCUAUAUACAUAUAUAUAUAUAUAUAUAUAUGUACAUGUAUGUGUGUGUGUGUAAGAUGUACAGAAAUCUAUUUUAUAAUAAUUUAUUUUUUAUUUCUAAGAACUUAAUUCACUAAGCUGCCUAACCAUAUAUGUACAUGCAUAAUAUCUGGCCCACACUUAUAUUUUUUACAUUCCACCUUUCAUGUUUUUUUUCUUUACUCUUCACUUAAUGGUCCCUCAUGUCAACUCAGUAGAGUUAAAAUGGUCCCUAAUGUCAACAGUAUACUUUAAGUAAGAAUAGAGGGAUAUUGAUUAAGGCCCCAUUUUAUGGGUAUAGAGUGUUGACAGAACAGUAAUACAUACUCCAUUCAUGUGCAUUCUGAUUUAAACAUUCAUAUUCAAUAGCCAUCAUCAAACCCUUCCUCAAUAGCCAUCAUCAGACCCAUCCUCAAUAGCCUUCAUCAAACCCUUCCUCAAUAGCAUCAUCAGACCCAUCCUCAAUAGCCAUCAUCAGACCCUUCCUCAAUAGCCAUCAUCAGACCCAUCCUCAAUAGCCAUCAUCAGACCCUUCCUCAAUAGCCAUCAUCAGACCCAUCCUCAAUAGCCAUCAUCGGACCCUCCCUCAAUAGCCAUCAUCAGACCCUUCCUCAAUAGCCAUCAUCAAACCCUUCCUCAAUAGCCUUCAUCAAACCCUUCCUCAAUAGCCAUCAUCAGACCCGUCCUCAAUAGCCUUCAUCAAACCCUUCCUCAAUAGCCUUCAUCAAACCCUUCCUCAAUAGCCAUCAUCAGACCCAUCCUCAAUAGCCAUCAUCAGACCUGUCCUCAAUAGCCAUCAUCAAACCCUCACCCCCACAUUACUCCUAUCGGUUUCUGUUCCAUCCAUUCAAACACUGUGUAUAACUAACAUUUAUUAUUCAGUUAUUACCGGUUACCACCAUCCACAACCCAUUAUCCUACCGUCCCAUUGGCCUAACCAGCUGAUCUCCUGCCCUGUCAUUGGCCUAACCAGCUGAUCUCCUGCCCUGUCAUUGGCCCAACCAGCUAAUCGCAUGUCCAUUUCAUUUAAUAACAGGUGGAUCAAUAUGCCUAACUGCUGCUCAUUGUGUCAGCCAUGCUUAAUGCGUGGCCUUCCUCUUCUAGUGCUCCUAUAGCCUGUUCUAAUGAAUGGCCCAUCCACCAAAGGUCUAAAUCCUAUUUCUGACUGCAUCACAUUGAUAUGGCUCCAUAUUGACAUGAUGCUAAUGGAAUAACUUUACUGAGGCCCAUUGAUUCAGGCCUCCUCUCCGCUAUACUCUUGCUCCCAUUACAAGACACUGUUGGCUCAGAGCCAGGGUUCAAAGGUCAUACACAAUCAAAUUUGCUCUGAGGGACAUUUGAUUUGUUGAAGAGACUGAGAGGGGAGGACACACUGGAUCAGGGGAGGACUGUAGUAUAGUCCUUGAAUGCAUCCCAUAUGGCACACUACCCUAUAUAUUGCACUACUUUAGACCAGAGCCUUGUGACCCCUGGUCAAAAGUAGUGAAAUAUAAAGGGGUGGCAUUUGGGACAUUUUAUAAUAGGGUGGCAUUUGGGACACCCAUUGUCUUCAUGGUGCAGUGAGAAUGUUUGGCAUGAGUUGAGGUAGGAUGUCUGAUGAUAUGAAAACGUUCUUCAUAUGAGAAACAGUCUAUGCAGUUUAUGCUGGCCCAUACUCUCGCAGGUAGGGGCUACUUCAAAGCCAUCCUAUCCUCUUUGGAUUGUAAAACUGCUGAAUAUGCACCCUAUUCCCUACAGUGUACUACUUGUGACCAGGGCCCAUAGUGAAUAGGAGACCAUUUGGGUGGUAAGCCUAAAACGGCUGAGUGUGGAGGGACCCAGAGUGAAUAUGCACAUUCUUUCCCCUACAAACUACAUAUUAAAUUCCCUCCAAUCAAAUGCAAAGUUGAAAGUGUCUGUUACUGACUAUUGGCAAUUUAAAAGUAUAUCAAAAAAAGAAGUGACAGUAUGGUACUUUUUUCAAGUUUUAAGAAAAUGUUGCUAAACAGUCUAAUUCAAAUACCCAACCUCCAUCUCAUUUCAACAGUGUGGAACCAGUUAUGAAGGUAGAUUUUUAAAAAUCUCAAACCAGUGGAUGGUAUUAGUGGAGAUGAUGGGUUGUCCCAGCAUUUUACUGGUCCCUUAUUCACAUAGUGGCUUUUACCACCAAGGAAUUUACACCUGUUUUCAAUGAUCAUGCCUAUAUGGACAACGCCUCAACCUCCCCUUCUCUCCUUAUAGUGCAAUGUUUGUUGAAAACAUUUAAAAUGGCCUUUGUAUAGAGCAGGAAAUUCUGAAUCUGAGUAAUGUCAAUCUUUCUCCCUGUAACGGUUGGAGUAAAGGAGUCUGGGGCUGUUGCCCUCUGUUACAUUUACAGUCCCACUAAUGCAUUGGAAUUAUGGUGUUAUUCAUGUUACUAAGAGAGUAGGUGUGCAUCCUAAAUGGCACUCUAUUCCUUAUUUAGUGCACUACUUUUGACCAAGGCCUACAGGGCUCUGGUGAAAAGUAGUGCACUUUAUAGGAAAUAGGAUCGGUCCGAAAGGAAACGCUAUCUCAAAAGCUUGCACUCAUGGUCACGAUCCACGCUGCUGUAUCCGUUCUGGUUGAGUUUUAUUCAACCCUUUUAGAGAUCUACAAAAUAUAAUGCUAGGGUUGUUUGUCUUUCACACCCCGUCUGUGUAUAAUGUGAUUCAUAUUUAGAGGUUUAGCAGAUUCGGUGUGUUUAAAAAUGAAAAGGAACAUGGACAUCAAGUAUUUUGUGGCAUCUUGUACAUCAAAGGAAUUUGACACAGUGAAAGAGCAAAAUGGAAGAAAUGUUUUUAAAUAAUGAAAUGCUGAACAUUCAAACUAUUUCUUUGUAUGAAUAAAUAAAGUAUAUAUUUUACCAAAAA